AUGGAGCGGGGCGGCGGGGCCGGGGGGAGCCUCGAACUCGCCGGAGGCGGAGGCGGUGGCGGCGGAGGCGGCGGCGGUGGCGGCGGCAACGCGGAUCUGUGUCUGCAGGACCUCGUCAUCGGGCCGACGAGCGGCCUCUCGGUGCAGCAUCAUCAGCACGCUGUCGCAGCGACCGCCUCGAUGGCCGGCCUGCACGGCGACCAUCUUCAGGGCGCGAUGCACCACCACGACCUCCACGGCAACUCGCAUCACGACACCUCGAUGCUGCACAACUCCAGCCACCAGCUGCAUCACGAGCCGCUGGAGAAACUUAAACUCUGGGCGCAGAGUGACUUCGGGGACGAAACCAACGGGGGUCUGGCGAGGCUCGACGCGGGUCAUGGCGCUCACACCCCCGGUGGUAGCAAUCCUAGUACACCGGGGGCGACCCCCACGACACCCUCCGGUGGAUACUCCACCGGACAGCCGAGGAACCGUACGAACGCAUCUCACAGGCCAGAUAUUCGAAAAGGUGUACGAACACCACCAGAGGUGAAGCACGAAUUGGGUGCCGCUGGUGGCGUCGUUUCUUCCGGAGUCAACGAUACCGACGACAAGGAUGGCAAGAAGAACAAAAGGCAAAGGCGGCAAAGGACGCACUUUACGCAGCAUCAACUUCAGAAUCUAGAGAUGACGUUCAUGAGAAACCGAUACCCAGACAUGUCAACUAGAGAAGAGAUAGCUUGCUGUACGAAUCUUACGGAAGCUCGAGUCAGGGUCUGGUUCAAGAACAGGCGGGCGAAAUGGCGGAAGAAGGAGCGCAACGCGAUGAAUGCCGCCGCGCAGGCCGCGGCGGAUUUCAAGUCGGGCUUCAGCACAGCCAGCCUGAACGGCUUUAUCGCCCAACCGUUUCCGGACGCCGACUCCAUCUACAGCUCGUACAGCACGUACAACAAUUGGGCCAAAGUGCCAUCGCCGUUGAGCGGCAAGAGCUUUCCCUGGAUGAACACUCUGGGCUCGGUCGUGCCCGCGGCGCCGCAUCAUCACCAUCACGCUCAGGUCAGCACGUUUAACGCCGCGGCGACGUCGGUCGGUGGUGGCCACGUGAGCGGCAUGUCGGUAUCGGUCGGCCAGGCGGCGACGUCCAUGCUACCGGGCAUGGGCUCCGGCCUCGGUGUCGCGAGCUCGCCGGUCGCCGCAUCCAGCGCGGCGUGUCCGUACGCGGCGCCGGCGGCGCCGCAUCAUCCGUACGGACCGCCGGUUUAUUCGUCCCAUCAUCGAUCACCCGAAUCCUGCACAGUGAUGACGUCAAGUAGCAUCGCCUCGCUACGAAUGAAAGCGAAACAGCACAGCAGCGGUUACGGCGGCGGUGGCGGUGGUUCCUUCGUCGUGGGCAGCACCACGGGCGGCACCACGGCCGGAAGUAUAAGUCCCGUGAGCUCGAGAGCGUCUUCGGUCGGCGGUGGCGGCGGUGGCGGCGGCGGCAAUGGCGGUGGUUUGAGCGCCUGUCAGUACGCGUUAACAACAGCGGCCGGAACGAACCCCCAUUCCCCAGGUGGUCCCGAGGCGCACGUCAACGUCACCGCCAGGGCCCAGGUCUGAGGCGAAGCGGGGGCUACGUCUAGCCCCCAUCAUCACGGCGUAGCGAAUCCGAACUCCGGGAGUUCCCUCGGUGGCGGCGGCGGCAGCGGCGGCAAUCAGGUGGUGCCGCCGUCCUCCACCGCGACCGCGGUGUCGGGUCAGCCGAGCGACAAUCAGCUCAGGUCGCAAGAGUGACCCAGGCCUAGGUCCGCCGCAUCGCCGACGCUAUCGUCGACGCCCUCGUCGACGACCUCGCAUCCGCAUUACCUCAUGUACGACGAGGACGGGGCCGCGGCGGACCAAAAGAUGGAGGUGGACGAGCGAGGUGUGAUUGAGACGAGUAGCAUGGUGAAUCCGGAGGUGGCUGCCGCCGCCGGUGGUAUCGUGGGAGUUGGUAUCACCGGUGUGGGGGGUGCGGCCACCGCGAGUGGCACCGGACUCACUGGUUACUGGCAACACGCGACUACCGCCACCGGCUACUGGCCAUCGAUAUUCGACUGCUGGACGACGCCGCCGAUCCCGUCCGGUUCGCAGACGCUGUCUUUGCCGCGGGAUGACGAUUGAGGCCAGUAGAAUUUUUUUCACCACUCACUCGGCGCUGUCCUACUUCCCCCAAUUUAUCGCGACAUUUACUCGUUUCGUUUCAUUAAAUAUCACAGCUUGAUAUCUAAGCGAAUAAUGGCACGCGGAUACCAUAUUUACAUCUCUGCCGAGAACCGCAACAAUUGUUUAGUUGUAGCGAAUGAAACAAUAUAUGUACACACCCAAGAUUGACUUCUUGACGCGCCUCUAGAAAUUUAUAAAGGUACAAUACAAAGUUGCUUAUAAUGUGUUAAUCGAUAAUCGACAAUUGAACACGCAGUGCAAAUUUUCUCGCAGAAUUGGAAAUAGUUGCUUUUCGCGGACUCUGAAUUUCACCGACAGCCAAUAAACUUCGCGAAAAUUGAGGGCGAGGAAAAAAGGGUAAAGAACUGUGAACGAUAGAAGAACUUACAAUAUUUGACUACGUUGUAAAUAUGAUGUAUUAUGCGAGUAACUGACUACGUCGGGCGCGAUCGACGAACUAUGAGUUCGGUGAGUUCGGUGAAACCGCAUAUAUUCCUGAAGACGGAUAAAGAAAAAAAAAUGGAGUACAAAAGUCGAACUUCCGCCGCGAUGUGAAAAGUGUGUAGUUAAUCCCCUCCCCCUUCCCUCAUGUCCCUUCCAGGAAUUUAAUUUGGCAAAUAUAGUCAUUGUCCGAGCAUACAUCGCGACAAGGUAACGAAAUAGUGUUGAAAGAAACAAGAAGCGAAUUUCCACGAGAGAGAGAGAGAGAGAGAGAGAGAGAGAGAGAGAGAGAGAGAGAGAGAGAGUCGCGUGACGUAAACGAACUAGUUGUUGAAACGACGCACGUUUCGAUCAUUUGUUUUUCGACGCAAUACAAAAUGUGGGGUGGGGUUAAUUUCUAAGAACGACGGCGCUAAUAAAGAUCCCUCGCGGAUCGCGUACUCACUACUCUGUAGAUACAUGUAUAGUAGAACGCCGGCUCUUCGUGCCGCGCGUAACUGUAUACCAAAAAAUUGUUACAUUGUAAUGACGAUAAUAACGAUUAUUCAGCAGAAUACUAAGAUAUAUUAUAGGCUGUAAGUAAGCAGAUUAUGCGUUGUACAGUGUAUGGAACAAAGAGCAUCCUAUCGAUUAGGCGUACGUUAUAAAUCUGAAUUAGUAUUGUCGAAUAAUUAACUAAAACAAAAAAAAAACAAUAUUCGCAGUAUCCUCGCGCGGCGCGUGCAAUUGGAUUUUUCAAGUCCGUCGAUUUCUCUUCCUCCUCGUACUCUUUAUCGUUCCGACGACAGUGUUUAUCUUAUACGUAUAUACCCUUGAUUGUGUAACUAGAGAGGCGUUAACGUAACCAACGAAAAUGUCCUAUUUUUAUAAGUAGCUUAUUAUUUGAUAGACCACGCGUUGUGAGAAAACAAAGCCAAAGUUAAACCCAAAAAAUAUCACGUAUGUAUAGUAAUUAUGCGACGCGCGUCGAGGCCACGGAGAUAAUUGUAUAAAUUAUUACGCAUAACGGGGGAGUGCGGUGGAGAUUUGGAAAAACGGGGUGAAAUGACGACGAGAGACACGACGCGGGGUCGAUCGACUUCCGGCAGCCGACAGCGCGCGGCCGAUCGCCAUCGAGCUUCGUGGCAUAGUCAUGUAAGAUAGGCGUAAGAAACGACCGCUAUUUUGUAUGAAUCCCAAUGUCGUACAAAUGUUCGUCGUAAUCACAUAUCCCAGUCCCUGGCGGUGGGUGAUCCGUAACGUCACACGCAGAAUGUUCUUCAUUCCCGUUUGUCACCUCACUCGCUACGUGUAAACGUUCCUACUGGGCGAUAUUGAGCGCCGUAAAAGGCCCCGUUUGUAAUCUAGUCACAAUAAAAACCAAUUCUAUUCUAAA